ACAAGAGGAGUGGCACCGAGCCGCCACACCCAGCCCUGAAUCCAAACCAACAAGAGCAUGAACACGUCUGUGCCAAGUUGCGUGCCAUAAACUGGACCAGAGGUUGAUGUUCAAAGGGCGGAAACACCAGCAACAAAACACAAGAGUCAACGACACACCUAUGACACUCAGCAGACAGCAGCAGUGAGGGAGAAACAAGUGAUCUGAAUGGACGGAGAGAAAAGGAUAUGACGGGAGUUUAGGUCCAGUUGAGAGGGCAAUAAGAUGCGAGCUACCUGUAAGAGGAGUGUUGGACUGUUUCUGGUCAGUGGACUUCUGCUUUGUUCCCUGUUUUAUGUGUGGAGUCCUGGGAACAGCCCCAGUGCUGACAUCCGGCCAAAACUGUGGAGUCCAUUAAAUGCACACCUCUACGGGAAAAUCCAAAACAUCGCUAACGAAUAUAAUGACAUUCCCUACGACAUUAAAGAGGAUGUCGCAUGUCGAUUGGCUCAAAACGCAUGUGUGUGUCUGGCCGAUAAGGAGACUGCUCACCUGCCGUUCUCCAAUCUGCUAUGGCCUCGUGCGUGGGCACACAACAUCAGUAUGGCGUUCUUAGAGUCCCAUCCUGACCCUGAAGGUGUCAAGCAGCACAGAGCUCAGGAGUACCGCAGCUUUCAAAGGAGGUCCUAUGAUCCUGCAGAUGUGCUUGUUGUAGCCGAGGCCAUGAGUCCUCUGCAGUAUCCAACCCAGGGUGUGAAGGUGCGACCCCUCAAAACCAUCAUCAUUCCUGGUCUGGGCCUCAGAGAAGAAACCAGAUUAAACCAUGUGGUAUCUUUGACAGCAACACUGGGGACUUUUGACGUCGCUGCUACAGUUCACAGGGUCUCUUUGGAGGGAGUGGGAGAGAAACACAUGAUUCUGUCGAGUCCUCUCCUCUCUGCUUUGAAUAGACAGCUGCAGUUUGUCACCUACACUAACACUGUGUUCCAUCCCAAAACAGCAGACACAAUUGUGUUUGCGACUCAAGGUCACCAGGCGUUUUUCAACAUCCGAGUCGGACACGGAACAGUCCCGACACUUUACAACUUUAGACGCCAAAAAGAAUACAAUAUUAGUGCUCUCGUUACGAUCGCCACCAAGACCUUUCUGCGCUACGACAAACUCAAAGAUCUCAUCGACAGCAUACGGCAGUUUUACCCCACCGUCACCAUAGUGAUCGCAGAUGAUAAUGAACACCCUCAGCCAGUGACCGGGCCUCACAUUGAACAUUACAUCAUGCCGUUUGGAAAGGGUUGGUUUGCAGGAAGAAACCUGGCAGUGUCUCAAGUCACCACCAAGUAUGUGCUCUGGGCGGAUGAUGAUUUCCUCUUCACUGCAAACACCAAGCUGGAAAGGAUGGUGGACAUCCUGGAGAAGACCACGCUGGAUAUGGUUGGAGGUGCAGUCAGAGAGGUGACCAGUUACACUACCACAUACCGUCACACCAUUUCAGUGGAUGAAGGGGGAGAGGAGGGGGACUGCUUACACAUCAGAAAUGGCUACCAUCAUGUCAUUGAGGGUUUUCCUAACUGUGUGGUCGCUGAUGCCGUCAUCAACUUCUUUAUGGGGAGGACGGACAAGCUGCAACAGGUGGGAUUCAACCCCCGCCUGGCACGUCAAGGUCAUCUGGAGUUCUUCAUCGACGCUCUGGGCGUCCUCCACAUCGGCUCGUGUAGUGACAUCAUAGUAAGCCACGCGUCAAAGAUCAAACUACCCUGGACUAAAACAGACUUACAAAAGGCUUAUGACAAAUUCCGCUACACGUACUCCAGCUCCGAUAAGUACCUCCACAAUGAAAUCUUCUACUUCAAAAACAGGUUCAAGUGCAUGACCAGUCACUGAAGCCUGGAGUCCCUCGUCUGGCUGCUGCCUCAGCAUGAGGGAGGUCGAGACUUGUUGUUGUUUUCAGGUAAAAAGGAGACUUCAGGAAUUAGUUUUUGGUAUUCUUAACAGUUUUUGCUGCUUCAGCUUUUGCUGCUAAAAAAGGUUAUGUGGAAUUUAUUCAUUCUUUUGAUAAAGACAGGAAAGCCAAAGUAAACAUCUCCACAAGUUCACUCAGUUAUCUCGUUUCUUUUUUUUUGUUUUCUGAUUUUUUUCUUCCAUAGCUUCUGUUUGAGUAAAUCCCCUUUCUUAAGUUCUGUAUGAACUGUGCCUUAAAAAGGGUUUUAAAAAACUUUUCUUGCAUGCAGUUAAAUAUCGUAGUUUCCUCCAGGUUCUGACCCUUCAUGAUGUUAUCUACGUCAUGAACCAGUAGUCGUUAAUCUUUAGGCUUCGCCUUUCUUCCCUCUAUCUUCAGGGAUGUAAAUGCACUUGAGUUGGAGUUGCAGCAACAGUUCAACUUGAAUACACUUGUAAUCUUUGUUGGUGUCAAGGUGCAGAGUUGUCUUUUUGUGCUCUCUGACAACUUGACAAGCAAUGUCAAUGAGCUUUCAUUACCAGCUUAGGUAGUAUACUGAUUAGGACCAUAUGACCUUUAACCUUUAACUUGGGUGCACAUUCAAUCACAGCGAUCCAAGAGCGAGUUUACACCUUCUAGAUGAUUUUCAUUCUUAUUAAUAAUGCAUCCACUCAGGUUUAAAGAAAACUUUUAAAACUUCGUCAGAAUCCAUAUUUUGUUUUUAAAUGAAAAGAGUAUGCCAUGUCAGUCCAGCUCAGUUUUCUCCUCUCAUAUCUCCCGUGCUUAAAAAGGGUUUCUCAAAUAUUUAAGUAUUGCUUCAGAUAAAGGAUAUGAGCAGAUGACCUCGCCUGCACCCUCUGAGAGAGGAAAUCUCUCCAAACAGGCUCGGCCUUUCAGACGACCAUUCAUGGAACACAGCUGCUUGUUGAACCUCCGACUCUGUAAGAAGUGUGUUCAUGCAGGCCUUCAUUAUGGUUUGUUGCUCAGGGAACAUGUAUUCCAAGGUUUUUGAAUGACUCCUCAUUGUAAAGUUACAAAGUGAUCGUGAACUAGUCUUGUUGUGUGUUUUGGCAUCAUAAGUUACACUGUUGUACAGUGUUUGCUGUUUUUAUUGAGCUUUUGAUAAGCUUUAUGUCUUUUGUACUUUGCUCUCAACAUGUAAUAAAAAACAAUGGAAGUAAA